GAAUGUCAGGUCGUGGUAAAACUGGAGGUAAAGGCCGAGCAAAGGCUAAGACCCGUUCCUCCCGAGCCGGUCUUCAGUUUCCAGUCGGUCGUAUCCACCGCCUUCUACGGAAGGGGCAUUAUGCUGAGCGGGUCGGGGCUGGGGCCCCUGUUUACUUGGCUGCCGUCCUCGAGUACCUAACCGCCGAGAUCCUUGAGUUGGCUGGUAACGCGGCCAGGGACAACAAGAAAACUCGUAUCAUUCCCCGCCACCUGCAGCUCGCCAUCCGCAAUGACGAGGAGCUCAACAAACUGCUCGGGGGAGUCACCAUCGCCCAGGGCGGCGUCCUGCCCAACAUCCAGGCCGUGCUGCUGCCCAAGAAAACAGGGCACCCCAGCAAGGUCUACGCCUGAAGUGGAGACGGGAUAAGGGGAAAUCAAAACUGCCACAGAAAACAAAGGCUCUUUUCAGAGCCACCUACUUCUUCCCGAAAGAGCUUAAACUAAAUUGCCUUAUUACAAUCUUCGACAUGUUUCUUGGACGUGUUUCCAUUACAGUGCAUUAUUUGAUAGUCAUUUUAAAAUCUAUUUAUAGAGGAAACUUCUACAAACGCAAGGAUAAUAAAUGCUGCAGGGCGGUGGCUGUCACAUUCAAUUAUGAUUUGAUGUGACCUCAGGACCCCAAAAAAAAGUAUUUAGAAAGCAAUUUGUCAAAAAGUAACCAUACAAAAAAUUAAAUUUUAAGAUCGUAUCAUGAAAACAUGAGUGCAGUUGUUCUCAAAUGUUCGAAAGGAUUUUUAAAAAAGCUUUAAGACAAUGUUCUAUGUUUUGUUUUCAAAGGAGCAUCGUUGGGGGCCCGCUAGUAACGAUUAAUUUCAGCAAAAUAAAAAGGUUCCACUGUCCUGGAAUAGGGUAGUGGGGAAAGGUUAAUGGUUUUGAGUCUGAUGUGACUUCUGCCUUCCACCGCUGGUGCCAGCGAGUUUCUCCGGCACUUUGUUUUUAUUUCCAAUUCCCCACAACCUGCGGUGUAUU